UAUAAAAAUACCAUUGGAAAAAAUUAUCAACAAAAAACUUUAGAGGACAGAGUCAGUAAUUUUAAUAAUAUGAGGCGGGAAACAAGAAGUACAUUAAUGCAUCUAAAACGACAGAUUGAUAACAUGACACCACCUGAACCAUCUAAAAUUAUGAAACAAACUCUUGAAAGGAAGGAUAUAAAGAAGUCAAAUGAACGAUACGAUUUGUUACAGAAAUGGAAAAUGGAAAAGGAAAAGCGAAAACUUGAAGAGAAACAAAAGGCGAAACCCGUGUUUAAAGUAUGUCGUGUACCUGAUGAAAUUAGUUUAUCAAACUUAGACGUUGUAAAUAAAAACAUGAAAGGGAAACUGAUUGAAGAAAAUGUAAUGCAAAGCCUAAAUAAAUUUGCACCAUCAAACCAUACAUUUCAUCCACCAAAAGCUUUAAAACCUAUUCAUAUAAAUUCUGCUAAUAACUGUAUUCAGUUAGAUAAACCGCAAGUGGACUUAUUUAAAAUUAACACAUUUUCAAAUUCUUUGAAGAAAAAUAAACAUUCUUCGAGAGUUACAGGUAGAGAGGGUUCUGUCUCACGAACAAAUACAAGAGCUACAACUCCUAACCGACGACUUGAAAAGUUUGAGAUGAAUAAUAAAAGUCCUCGCAACAAAUUAGAUGAAAAUAAAAACAACUUUACACCCACUAGUAUCAAACAGAAAACAACUAAUUCUAAAAUAGAGAAUAAAAAUGUCAAGCCUAAAGCAAAGUCAACAACCUUGCCAUGUAUUAAAGUAGAAAGCAAAAGUAUAUCUGCUACUGCAGCCAAACGAAGUCUUGGGAGGAGUUCUGUUAUUGAAAAGAAAAUCUCAAAUAAUUAUAAUCGAAAUGAAAAUUUUGUGGAAGAACAUUCUGAAAACAAAUCCUUAAAAUUAUCUCGAAAACCAGUUGUAAAAACCUUUGAGUGGAAUUAUGAAGAAGUUAUUGGAGACCAAGGUUUGUCUGCAGGUAAUAAGAGUAUUAAAACACCUACAGCUGUUACAAAAAAAUAUAAUAAGACACCUAGAAAAACGCAUAAACUUCACUUGUCAGAUGUGGAAUUGAUUAAUUUUUGUAAUAGUGCGACAAGGAAAAAAAGUGACCCUCAAAGUAUACCAAAAAAUAUUAUGGAAGUCAGAAGACGAUUAAGAAAUAAUAACCCAAAUUCUGAAUUAAAAGGAUUAGAUAAAUUUGACCAAAUAGAAAGUGACUCAAAAUCUCGAAAUUGUACAGUUGGAUCUGCAACAGGAUCUGCACCUCCAGAUUAUCCAAUAGAUAAAAAUUUGACUGACUUAAAUAGCUGUUUUCAUACACCUCAAAAAAAUAAUAUUUGCGAAGAUUCUCCAGUUUACAUAAGUCCUUUUGUAACCGUCUCUCGAGAAAAGUCCAGUGCAAGGAAGGAGUAUCACAUGAGGUACUUUGGGGUUGAGCGGUCUCCUGAAUUUGGUGUAGAUAUUUUAAAUAGUACAAGUCCUAAAGCAGGAGCUGAUUAUUUUUUAAAAAAGCUUAACAGUGAGGUAAAUAGAAUAGAAAUAACUUGUGAUAUGUGGGAAAAUUACAAAAAUUCAAAUGAGUUAUCAGAAGAAGCAAAUGACAUGAUAAAUGUGGCUAUAGGUCAGUCAAAGUUACUAAUAUCUAAAAAAAUUGAGCAAUUUCGAAGUUUAAUAGAAUAGUGCAGAACAUGUAAAUAUGCAGAAAAACCUAUUUCUUGUGAAGAUUUGCAUGGUUUCUGGGAUAUGAUUUACAUGCAAGUUGAGGAUUUAAAUAAACGGUUUAAUAAUUUAAAUGUAUUGAAAGCAAAUAACUGGCAAGAAAUUGUACCAGAGAAAAAAAUUGUUGCGACACGUGGUAGAGGCAGAUCUAAGAAGGCUUUAGCUAGUUCCGCACUUAAAGAUCUUAUCAAAGCUGUUCGUCUUAAGAAAAAAUCAAAAACUGAAGAUGAAAUUAAUUUAAAUGUUCAUGUUGAUGAAACCAAAGAGUUCAAUGGUGGCUACUACUCAAUUAAAUCGCCGGUUAGAAUAAUAAAGGACACGCUUGUAAUGAAUGAAACUGCUAGAAGUUUCAGAAUGUGUUUUUUAACUAACCAGGCUAAGAAUCUCAGGAGUUUUUCACAAGGUUUAACAAUGAUGAAAAUUUCUCAAGUUAUUAAACACAGAUAUGGCGUAACAUCUAGUAAAAGUAUUUUGAAAAAUGAUUUAUCAAAACAUGAAAAAUCUGUUUUAUUUAAAGUAGAUGUAGAAGAGGACACAAAAUCAAAAUUAGUUUGUGCAACAGAAGAACUGUAUGGCGAUAAAAAUGUGGAAAACUGUAUUAACAAGGAAAAUAAUGCAAAUGAAAGCAAUAGGUUUUAGUUCUGCCACCUCUAUAUAAGACGUAAUCUAAAUAUCGUGAAAAUUUAUUACUAUUUAUUUAAAUAUUGUUACAUUAAUACUUUUUAUU